UGCAAUCCUAUCAGCUGUUUUAAAAAUAUGGCAGCCCUUUCACUGAAAGUGAAUUUGGUGACAAAAACCACAAAAACUCUACAGUUUGAACCAACUAUAUUGGUUCAGGAUGCGUUGAGGAUUAUUGAUGAAAAAGUACCUCAAGCUACGGAAGGCGAACGAACAAACUAUGGUUUGUUUUUGGAAGAAGAAAAUGAUCGUGGAAGAUGGUUGGAACCAUCAAGACCCUUGAACUUCUACCCACUUUCAAGCGGUGACAUGCUGCUGUAUAAGAGUAAGAUUCGUCUUUUGAAAGUUUAUACCAUGGAUGGUGCUGUAAAAACAGUUCAGAUUGAUGACAGUAAAACUGUUGGUGAUAUUUUGCAGUCAGCUUGCCAUAAAAUGGGUGUUGGCAAUUCUGAAGAAUUUUCAUUGGUUAUCUAUGAGAAGGCUGAUGAUGAAAGUGAAGAAUUCAAGACAGCUACAUUAAGCAGGGGAACUUUAAAAAAAGAUAAGCAAGGGACAAUACAAUCUACGAAGGAGGGCUCAACUUUAAAUAGAAUUGAAGAACGUGAUCAACGUAAGAUGGAUGAAAUGAGAAAGAAGUUACACACAGAUGAUGAAGUUCAAUGGCUUGAUUUGGACAAGACUUUACGUGAACAGGGUAUUGACGAAUCUCACUCAUUGCUACUCAAGAGGAAAUUCUUCUACUCUGAUCAAAAUGUCGACAUAAAAGACCCUGUUCAACUUAAUCUUUUAUAUGUGCAGUGUCGUGAUGGCAUUAUCAAAGGUAGCCAUCCUUGUAACCAAGAAGAAGCUGCCCAGCUUGCAGCGCUGCAGAUUCAACUUCAAUUCGGAGAUUAUGAGGAAAAGUUCUACAAAUCAGGAAAAAUUGAAGUCAAAGAAGUGUUACCAAAGGAGUACGGUAAAUCAAAAGGUAUUGACAAGAAAAUUAAAGAGGAACACAAGAAAUGUCAUGGUUUAGAUGAACUUCAAGCCAAAUUCAAAUAUGUACAACUGUGUCGCAGCUUGAAAACAUACGGAAUAACAUUUUUCUUAGUAAAGGAAAAGAUGAAAGGAAAAAAUAAGCUCGUUCCUCGACUGCUUGGUAUCACAAAAGAAAGUGUUUUAAGAGUUGAUGAAAAGACAAAAGAGAUCCUCAAAACAUGGCCACUUACUACCGUGAGGAGAUGGGCUGCCUCGCCAAAUAGUUUUACUUUGGAUUUUGGCGACUACACCGAAUCUUAUUACUCCGUUCAAACACACGAAGGCGAAAAAAUAUCUCAACUCAUUGCUGGUUACAUUGAUAUCAUUCUUAAAAAGAAACGUGGUAACGAUGGCUAUGAUAUGGAUAUUGAUGAGGAAUCCACGAUGUUGGAGGAUUCUGUCACUCCUUCAAAGGGAACGAUUCUCGAACGGCAAUCAAGCAGACACGGUCAUGCAGAAGCAGGCUCGGUUGCUUUGCCUGGAAUCUUAAGAAAUGGUGGACAAGGAGCAACUCAGUUUGAUACAGGACAAAUUCCAUCUGAACAAUAUCGUGUGAACUCUGGACAAGGGAUUGCAGCUCAUCAGGCGCAAACUGGUGUACAACCGAAGAUUCAUAAACCAGCAACUGCACAACAAGCUUUCUUUGGUCACGUGAGCCAAGGACUGAAUUCUGUGAGAUCUGCACGUGACGAGUUGGAAAAAUCAGCAGAGGUGCCUGCUAUAGGAGAUGAUCCACAUUCUCGUAAAUGGAAGCAAAACAAUCUUGACGCCAAUCGGCAGAAUGUUUCAAAUCGUCUCGCUGCCCUGUCGGCUUCUACUGCAUCGAUUGUCACAUUAACAUCCGGAGAACCAGAAGAAACAGAUUACAACAAGGCUAGUGCUGCUGUUGACACAAUAGCUUCAAAUUUGGAUGUGUUGACUCGACGAGUUCAAAUGAUCGCUGCCCUUAUGGACGAUGAAGAUGAUAGCAAUAGACUCCAAGAUGCUGCUAAAAAUUUGGCCGAUGCUUUCUUGAAUCUUCUUAAAUCUGCUCAGGGAAGUCCCGUCUCUCCUGAUAACGAAAACCGUCAGAAGUUACUUGAAGCUGCUGGUGAAAUCGGAACAGCUGGAGCGAGCGUCUUGAAUGCGAUGGGAGGUGAACAAGAAGUUGACGCGGGAAUACAGGAAAUGUUGCUUGCUUUAGCUCAAGCUGUUGCUAACGCCACCGCCGCUCUUGUUCUCAAAGCAAAAGCGAUUGCGAGCAAGUGUGAUGACGUCACCCUACAAAGCCAAGUGAUUGGCUCGGCCAAAGAUACUGCCAUGACAACAUCACAGCUUGUGGCGUGUACCAAAGUGUUGGCACCUUCUAUCAAUUCACAGCUGUGUAAAGAUCAAGUGGUCGAAGCUGCUAAGCUCGUGUCAAAAGCUGUCGAAGGAACUGAAGGAGCUUGCAAAGACGCUUCAUCGGAUCCUAAUUUAUUGAAUGAUCUGGCAAACGCAGCGAAAGGCGUUCGUGAUGCAUUAAACAACCUUUUGAAAAAAGUUCAAGAGGGAUCAAAGAAUGACCGCAACGUUGGUGAAUAUGAUGAUGCUUGUGAUGAUAUCUUGAAUGCAACAGAUCGUAUGUUUAACAGCAUGGGAAAUGCUGGAGAGAUGGUAAAACAAGCUAAAGUUUUGGCUCAGGCCAUGUCCUUUCUCGUCAAUGGUAUCAAAGCUCAAGCUGAAGGUGAAGAAGACGCUGACCUGCAGAAACGAUUGCUCGCAGCGGCAAAAAAUCUUGCUGACGCGACCGCAAAGAUGGUUGAAGCAGCAAAGGGUGCUGCAAGAAAUCCAAAUGAUGCGAAAGAACAGCAAAGACUGCGUGAAGCUGCUGCCGAUAUUCGUUUAGCUACUGACGCUGCUGCAAAUAACGCAUUGAAGAAGAAAUUGAUUAAACGUUUAGAGGAUGCUGCAAAACAAGCAUCAGCGAUGACGACACAACUACUGACCGCUGCUGAUCGUACAUCUCCAGCCAAUCGUAAUCCAACAUCUCAGCAAUUGCUCCAGGAUCAAUUGAAGCCUGUACAGGAACACGUGGAGAAACUGAACCAAACUAUUCAAGAUAGCAUGAACAACCCAAAUAAUCCAACUGCGCAACUCAAUCUCAUCAAUACGUCGAAAGACUUCAUUCCCGUACCCGGGUACAAAGCUUGUUGCAGCAGCAAAGCUUCCUUACCUACGAUUAGUGAUCCAGUGGCAAGCACUCAACGUACCUUUGCUAAAGGAACUGCUGCAUCACUUGCAGAACUUAGGGAUGCAGCAAAUAAGGCUGCGGAGGCUUGUGGAUCGAUUGAAAUUGACAGCGCUUUGGAAAAUGUGAAGUCUCUUGCUGACGACUUAGAGGCUCUUGAGAAGUCUGCUGACGAAGGAAAACUUCUCCCCUUACCUGGAGAGUCGUUGGAAAGCAGCUCCUUAGAACUGGGAGCAACAUCAAAGACUGUUGGCUCUUCAAUGGCUCAACUUUUGACCGCUGCAGCUCAAGCGAACGAGAACUACACUGGUAUUGCUGCACGAGAUACGGCGAACGCUCUCCGCGUUCUUACCGAUGCUGUCCGAGGCGUAUCGGCCGCUUUCGAUGACAAGAAUGAUCAAAAGAAUAUAAUUAAUGCUGCUAGAGAAGUUAUGUUAGCUUCAGCUAAGUUGUUGGAAGAAGCAAAAAAAGCGACCAGCAAUCCAAACGAUCCCAACAAUCAAGAGAGAUUGGGAAAAGUGGCAAAAGAUGUAUCUCAGGCUCUGAAGAAUUGCAUCAAUUGUCUUCCUGGUCAGAAAGAUGUCGAUGAAGCGAUUCAGAGAGUUUCAAAAGCUAGUGAGCUUCUUGCAGCUGAAGACUUCCCUGACAGCGACGAGAAUUACCAACAACUACAAGAUAAAGUUAAUGAAUCUGGUGCUUUGCUGAAUCUGGCUGCAAGUGAACUUGUGCAAGCUUCACGUGGGUCAUCAAACGAACUUGCCGUAUCAUCGCAAAAAUACUCCAAAUCUUUUGAAGAUCUUAUGACCCCCAGUAUGAAACUGGCAGGUCAAACUACGGACGAGGAAACAAAGUCGGCAUUGGUUCGUAGUUUAAAAAAUACAUCCACUGCCUCAAGUAAACUGCUUCUCGCCGCUAAAUCAUUGGCUGCCGAUCCCAACGCUCCAAAUUCCAAGAAUCUUUUAGCAGGAGCUGCAAGAGCUGUUACUGAUAGCAUCAACAAUUUAUUAAACACCGCAAUGACUGCAGCCCCAGGACAGAAAGAAUGCGAAAGUGCCCUUCGAAACAUCCAGGCCGUUUCCAAUCUUCUUGAGAAUCCUGUUGAACCUGUCAACGACUAUUCAUUCUUUGAUUGUCUCGAUGCUGUUAGUGAGAAUUCCAAGUCUCUUCGUGAUGGUAUGACUGAUGUAUCUGGCAACGCAAAGAAAGGAGAUAUGUCUGCAUUUGAUGAUGCCAUCAAGAAAGUUGCUGAUGCUGUUAUUAAACUUACUGAGGCCGCUUCACAGGCCGCUUAUCUUGUUGCUAUAUCAGAUCCUUCAAGUGUCGCAGGAAAGCCAGGUUUAGUUGAUGCCAAUCAAUUUCAACGGGCUCGAGAGGACAUACAAAAAGCCUGCGAUGAUUUACUCAACCCUGCAAGUGAUCAACAACAGAUUUUACAAUCUGCUACGGCUGUUGCCAAACAUACCUCAAAUCUCUGUAAUGUUUGCAAAGCUGCGUCAGCCAAAACAAAUAAUCCUGUUGCAAAGAAGCAUUUUGUUCAAGCCGCCAAAGACAUCGCGAACAACACGGCCAAUUUAGUAAAGUCGAUCAAGGUUUUGGCAAAGGAACCAAACGGCGAAAAUCGUAAGGAUUGUGCUCAACACAUUGUACCAUUGAUUGACAGCGUGGACGAUUUGAAUACCUAUGCAUCGUCACCUGAAUUUGCUGCCGUUCCAGCAAAGAUUAGUGAGGAGGCGCGUUCAACUCAGGUUCCUAUUAUCAUGUCUGGUCGAUCGUUAGUAACAUCAAGCAGUAAUUAUCUGAACUCAGCAAAUAGCUUAGCAAUGGAUCGCAACGACUCCUCAAUCUGGCCGUUGUUCAAUCAACACGGUAAAGCUCUUGCAGAUGCCAUGAAAAGACUUCUUCAGACCAUCAAAGAAAAUGCUCCCGGACAAAAAGAAUGUGAUGAAGCAAUUGAAAACAUCAAUCGUUCCAUCAACAAACUGGAUCAAGCCUCGUUGGCUGCGAUCGGUCAAAAUCUUGAACCCAAUCCCGAGGGAACUUUGAAGGAAUUUCAAGACCGCAUGCUACAGAGUGUUGCUCAAAUUGGUGACGCCAUCAAUCCUUUAGCUAGCGCCGCAAAAGAUACUCCAGAAAAUAUCGGUCAUCGGGUAGCAAAAUUAGCAAACUUUGUCGAUCCCUUGGCUGAGGCAGCCAUAGCUGCUGCGUCCAAGAUGCCUCAUUCUGAAAAACAGACUGAUUUAUUGGAUCAAACAAAAACUGUCGCGGAAUCCGCAACAGAACUCUUGUAUUCUGUCAAAGACGCCGGUGGUAAUCCUAAGAGUAAGAGUACUCAUCCCGCUGUCGACGAUGCUGCGAAAAACAUGCAAGAUGCCGUGAAAGAUCUUACCGAUACAUUAGAGGAAGCUGCCAGCGAAACUGGUGCUGUCACCGGUUUGAUUGAAUCCAUAAGUAAAGCAAUGAACGAGACUGUGCAAGGAGCGCUACCAGAGUCGGAAGAAUUCAAACCAUUCGUUCAUUAUCAAGAGAAAAUGACCAAAACAAUGAAAGAUUUAUCGCGAAAAGGCCAAGAUAUGGUUGGUCGAGCUGGAACUGAUCCAACACAACUUGGACCUAUUGGAAAGGACGUCUCUAGAUUGUACAAUACACUUACUCAUGAUGCACAGGGAGCAAUACAGACAGCAUCAAGUCCUGAAAUUGGAGAAAGAAUAAAAGUUGGUGUCCAGGCUCUUGGCGCGUCCUGCAUGAAACUUGUUCAAAAUGGUGGUGAUGUGCAAGCUAAUCCUCGCGAUCCGAUUUCAAUGAGAGAUCUUGCAGAUGCCGCGAGAAAAGUGGCAGAGAAGAUAUCGCAUAUUCUCGCCGCCUUACAGUCUGGAUCACGUGGUACGCAGGCUUGUAUCAACGCGGGCGCAACAAUUCGGGGUAUUGUUAGUGACCUGGACACUACAGUCAUGUUUGCUACUGCCGGAACAUUGAAUCCAGAAAAUGAAGGCGAGAAAUUCACUGAUCAUAGAGAGGAAAUCCUUACGAAGGCUAAAGCUUUGGUCGAAGAUACUAAAGCACUUGUCCCCGCUGCACAAUCCUCGCAGGAUGUUUUGGCAAAUGCUGCUCAAUCUGCAGUUGGAAGUAUAAACCAACUGUCUGAUGUUGUAAAACUUGGUGCAGCCGCACUGGGUCCCGAUGAUACGAAUGCACAAGUCAUGUUGCUGAAUGCCAUUAAAGAUGUUGCGUCAAGUCUUGUGAACAUGCUUGACAGUGCUAAAAAUGCAUCUGCGUCGAAACAAAGCGAAGGAACUGGGGAGGAAUUAAAGGCUUCAACCAAGGACAUGAUUUCAAAAGUAUCAUCUUUAUUAAUGACGGUGAAAAGUGUCGAAGAUAAAACAUCACGUGGUGCAAGAGCUCUUGAUUCAACGAUGGAUGCCAUUAAACAAGGCGUUGCCGUAUUAAACUCGCCCACGAUGGCCGUCACGCAGGCAACACCCGAGGAUCUUAUUCGUAGUACAAAACCUGUUACCUUGGCAACAGCAAAAGUCGUGGCUGCAGGUAAUUCAGGCCAUCAAGAGGACAUCGCCGCUGCAGCAAAUAUGGGACGAAAAGCGGUGACAGAAAUGCUGACAAUUUGUAAGGCUGCUGCAGCAAAGGCAGAAAAUGAUGAAGUUCGUGGUGUAGUUAUUGGUGCUGGACGAGAGAGUGGAACUGCGUUUAACUCAAUGCUCGCUCAAGUUCAUAUUGUACUGCAAAAACCAACUCCUGAGAAGAAGCAAGGAUUGGUUGCUGCAUCAAGAAGAGUUGCCGACUGUCUUGGUGCUUUAGUAAAGUCAGCAGAAUCCCUCAAAGGUUCUGAUUGGGUGAAUCCAGAGGAUCCUAACGUCAUUGCCGAAAAUGAAUUGCUUGGAGCUGCAUCAGCUAUUGAAGCGGCUGCGCGAAAAUUAGCUGAACUGAAACCGAGAGAAAGACCCAGAGAAGCUGACGAGUCUCUGGCUUUCGAAGAACAGAUUCUUGAAGCGGCCAAAGCAAUUGCAGCUGCAACAAGUGCAUUAGUGAAGUCUGCAGCCACCGCACAACGGGAACUUGUUGCAUCUGGCGCGGUAUGCUCAGUUGGUAGUGACCCAAAUGAAGAUGGGCAGUGGUCUCAAGGAUUAGUGUCAGCGGCAAGACUUGUCGCCACAGCUGUUAAUUCACUCUGUGAAGCUGCGAACGCGACUGUUCAAGGUAACGCGACACAAGAGACAUUGAUAGCUUCAGCACAACAAGUGUCAAACUCUACAGCUCAACUCUUACUUGCCUGUCGUGUCAAAGCUGAUCCGAACAGCGCAGGACAGCAACGGUUGCAGUCGGCGGGUAAAGCUGUGAGAAAGGCGUCGGAUGAUCUCGUGAGAGCAGCCCAAAAUGCAAGAGUGUUUGAAGAACAGAGCGUUACUGUAGUUAUCAAUCAGAAAUUCGUUGGUGGAAUUGCUCAGGAGAUUCAGGCGCAAGAAGCGAUCUUACGUAAAGAAAGGGAGCUUGAGGAUGCUCGUAAGAAACUCAUGCAAAUACGACAGGCGAGAUACAAGGACGAUGAUGACUCUUCGUGAUCUUCUCGUAAUCAUAUCAAAUUUCCAAAUACCCCUCUCAAGAUUGAAAAUAUGAGGGUAUUUUUUAUAACAAAUAUCAAAUUUGAACAUAACAUAAGGAGAAAUAUAGCAUAUAAAUCAUCCUCUUUUAGGAUUCCUCCAUAGAAAGUUCACCAUUUUUGUUGAAGAUGAUAUUCUAGUAUAUAGGUUUGAAAAUUACUCGAAAUAAUAUUUGCCGUGUAUAAGUAUACUUACUCUUUCGAUAUAGUUGUAAUUUUCCUUAUUUAGGAUAAUGGAAUGAAAUAAUAGGCUGUCAUUUUUAA